UGUCGUUCACUUCGUUUGCGAAUUUCUUUGGCGAAGGUUUCAUGGAGCAAACGCUCAAAAACUACGAUCUCAUACAGGAGUUGUGCAGGGUUUACAGACGGGAACAGGCUUCUUUGGGGCAACCUGUACCAGGUCCAAUAGACAUUCCAUACAUAGUAGAGUCACAGCCUGAUACAGCUGAUGAGGUCGGGAGCUUCGGUACUGUGAUUGGCAACAGAAUAGAUCUCAAGGAACCCAUAGCUAAGUCUAGCAGUCCAGGAAUUGUAGGCAGUGUAGAAGACGCUGGUCUUAUACAGAGAAGAAUGGAAAAUUCAAACAGACACCUGAAAGGCAACUGGUUGGCCUACUGGGAACAUGAGAUAGGCCGUUCAGGCAAGGACACCCGUUUCAACAUCAAACAGAUCAAGCUGCAGAGUUUCGGAGGUCACUCAAACAGUGUUCGCGCCCUCCAUGUGUUGGACAAUGAGAACAGCUUCCUCAGCGCCAGCAGAGACAAGACUGUUAAAUUGUGGUCGCUAAGAAGUCAGGGCGACGGCACCUCGACCACGGCACCUCAAUGGACGUACACCGGACACCGCAAGUGUGUGGUGUCCCUGGCGUUCGUGCCCGGUGUUCGGCUGGCCGCAUCCAGCGACAGUGAGGUGCACCUGUGGGAUCCGUUUGUCGGUCGACUGGUGUCCCACUCUGACUCACGCCAGCUGCCGCCUGUCAACCUGCUCAAGGCGCUCCCCGCACCCUCGCACUGUCUCCUAGCUGCCACUAUGGACGCCACACUCAAACUGUUCGAUGCCAGGAGUCUGAUAAAUAAUGGAGAAAUCAAGGUGUCAAUGAACGCAACAGGUGGUGUGAUUAGAUGUAUGGCGGUGUCGGAGAGCCGGCAUUGGGUGGCCGUGGGUCAGGCCAGUGGCCAGCUGACUAUCAUCGACCUGCGCACUGGCGGCGUUUUGGCUUCCUGGCGGGGGCACGAGGGAGAGGUCAGUUAUAGCUCCUUUAUAUACAGAGCGUCCUACGAAAGGUGUAACAGUAACAUCAUACAUAUCCCAUUCUCAUCUAAUCAAGUGGAGAUGGGCCGGUCACGUGGCAAGGAUGGAAGCGGACAGAUGGGCGAAAAAUGGAUACCACGGGACAGGACCAGAGGAAGUGGACGCCCGCCCAGCACUUCGGUGGAGGCAUGA